GUCAAGUCUGUUGCCCUUUAAAACUAACCCACUCCCCAAUUUGUUCCUCAUGCCCCUUAGUUAUUAUUAUGUAUUUUAUUAUUUUUUAAAUUUAUCUACCGCCCACCAUCCAACGAUCACAAGUCAGUGUGCUUUCUCUUUGCUACUUACUGAGAUAUUUUUCUACUGAGAGGUGACUUGCAGUCAAGCGUUCUGAGACAUGAACUUGUGAGAUCGCAACAGGAAAAUGGGUGACUGUUCAGAGACCAGUGUGAAAAUACCAUUUGGAUGCAAAUAUCUAGACGCAGUUUUCUCCAUCCCCGAGAAGAAGCUGCCGUAUGCUGUGAUUCUCACGCAUGGAGCAUCUGGUGAUAUGAAUUUCUCUCACCUUGUAUCUUUGGCAAACUACCUGGCCUCUCAUGGAUUUCUGUGUCUGCGAUUUACCUGCAAAAGCCUCAAUAUCAUCUAUAGAACUAAAGCAUAUAAAGCUGUUGUGGAAUAUUUAAGAUCAUCAGGCAACUACACACUUUCUGGCAUUUUUCUUGGAGGCCGUUCAAUGGGCUCGCGCGCUGCCGCUUCUGUAAUACGACAAGCCGACCAAGAUAAGGACAGCUUCAUUCAAGGUCUGAUAUGCUUGUCUUACCCGCUGCAUCGACCAAAGCUUCACUCUAAACUUCGGGAUGAAGAUUUAUUGUCCAUUAAGUCCCCUGUGCUAUUUGUGUCUGGAGAUACAGAUGAGAUGUGUGAUAAACAACUGCUGGAUGGCGUUGCAGUCAAAAUGCAAGCGCCCAAGAAAAUCCAUUGGGUUGAAAAGGCAAACCACAGCAUGGCAGUGAGAGGACGAAAUGCAGACGACAUCUCAAUGGAAAUAAACAGGCAGGUUUUGUCUUGGAUCAAAGAAAUCAUUGAAGAGCAACAGAAGCAAUCGGCCAAUUCCAAAUAGCCUCUGUACUCGGUACAGGAUGGAUUAAUAACACCACCUU